AUGGCGGAUUCUACUAGAGAGAGAAAAAAGUCGAAAAAACCAUCAAGUCAGUUAUUUUUAUUUAUACUUUAUCGCCGAAAAGGGAGAAAUUUAUUAUUAUUUCUUACCAAUUUAUUUCUUUAGACACUAACUUCAAACAGCAAAGACUGAAAGCUUGGCAACCGAUUCUGACAGCAUCUACGGCACUGCCUUUGUUUUUCACAAUCGGAGUGGUGUUUAUACCUAUUGGAGCAGUUCUUUUAGUAGCAUCCGAUAAAGUAAGUGUGGUUCAUUAUUUAAGGGUUAUUUCCCUAAUAGAGCUGUAUUAAAAGGUUGCAAAACUUAAAUUAUCUUGUAGCUUAUGGUGCUCGGAGUACAAAAUAUAUUUGUGUGUUGAAACCAUAUAAUUUGCAGCUUGGCUAAUUGAUUUGAGCUUUCAUUUUGGAGAUAAAGCUUUGGGCCCAUUUCUACUUCCACACCUUCAAAAUAAACUUUGAUGUCGAUACUUCUUUAAUUUUUCCUUAAGAAACUGUGUUGGUUCAUCACCUCUCUUCAACCUGCGACAUAGUGUUGUCAGAAAAGAACGAAAGAUGGCCAACGCCAUGAUCCUAAUGAAAGAUUUAAGUUUCUCAAUGACUGUAUGAUCAGUUGUUGUCGUUGUUUUGAAGACUAUCAGUUUCAUUGUGGAAGCAAAUCUAAUGAAUUCAUCCAAGAAUUCUGCAGAUUAAGAAUUGUGAUAGGAUGGAGAUCAUUUCUGUUAAUUUACUUAUUGAGAAAAUUGAUCUCACAUCAUAUGCGCUGAAACAAUCUUGACACAACAGAGCCAAAAGAAUGGAAGCAUUAGUAAUACUUUGGUUAUAAUAAUAACUGAUUGAUAAUGUAAAUUGGCCACCAUCAAGAGUUUCAGGUGUUAGUCCUUCCUCAGAGCAAUGUUAGCCCUUCACCUGAGGGCUAAUGCUCAAAACGUCAACUUUGAAACUCUUAAUGGCCAAUUUACAUUAUCAACUCAGCUGAUGAUACAAAAUUACUCUGUUAUACUCUCCCACCGAUGCAGAACCACAGUUUCUUUGGAAACUUACCCCCUUUACAUGAUUAUAAUAGUUCGAUUUUGUUGGGCUGUAAUUUUUUUAUGCUGGAAUGUAGUGUUUGCAGUGACAUUUAUUCUUUUGUAAUUUAAGAAACAUACCAUAGAUAUGAAUAAUCAUUUUGCGAUAAGGGAGUCCUGAGGUAAAUUGGAGCACUCUGAUUGAUUUUUACUUGGUCUGUAUUUUGCUAUAUGAACAGUUUUCACAGAAAUGCUCAUAAGCUGUGUACAUUUCGUCACAAAAGCUAGUAAAUUCAACUAAACAAGUUUGGUCCAAGUGCCACAUAGUAAACUACUUACUAACUUCAUAUGCUCAAGCUGUACUGGGGAGUGUUGGCCCUCAUUCUUUUUAAAACACGCUAGGUCCUUACUGCCACAACCUGAAGCCAAUAUUCCCCAGUACAACUGUAGUGUUUGAUUAACUAUUUAAUUCCCAUGAGUGAAUGAGACAGAAUUUUUCCUUACAAUAUCAAAGCAAUACCAAGCUGCUGAAGGGAAAGGGCAGGGCCUGAAGGGAAAGGGAGGGCCUUGCUGAAGGGAAAGAAGAGGGAAAACAUUAAUAAGGGGAUUAUUAGUUUCUCUAAUACCAAAUUCUUUUCACUAACAUUGUAAGAAUUGUACAGCGUAUAGUAAGGAGAAUUACUUAAAAGAUCUUGGGAGUGAAGGGGUGAGAAGUUAUUAUCUCUUAAGAAUGGGAUGAUCAUGUGAAUAAUGCUCAAAGGAUUUUACAUAAUAGGUGCAAGAGAAGACUGUGGAUUAUACAUAUUGUAAAGCUUCAAGUGGUAAAGGAUGUGACAAGUUCUUUGAAAAUGUCACAAACACUGGCAAGACCUGUGUCUGUAAAGUGAAGUUUAAUCUGUCCCAGGAAUUCAAAGGGGAUGUGUUUAUGUACUAUGGGCUUUCCAACUUUUAUCAGGUUUGUUAUAUCUCUCAUGUGAAUGGCAAUUAUAUUUUAUAGUGCAAUUAAUUCAACUAGAAUCACCCAAUAUUUUCAGCCAAUCAAAACAUUCAGAACUUCAAAGCAGAAGAUUUAUAGUCAGGGAAUUUUUAGACCAAUCACAGAAGAGGCAAAAUAAACUGUGAUCAUCCAGUAAUACAAAAUAAAAUGUCUCUCAUUCACUGAGUCAUUUAUCUGAAAAGCCUUGAUCCAAGUGUUUCAAAUAUCCCAUUCCUCUCUUAUAGCCAAAGAGUUUGAUUAAGAGAUGAAUUUCAAAACUGAAUUUACUGGAUCAAACACUCGAAUAACUGCUACAGAUGGAGGCAAAAUUACUAGUGAACACCCCCUAUUGAUAAUUGUCUUAUGUAAUCAGAAGAAUGCAGUGUUUAUGCAAGCUGUCUAGAGAAAAGGCAGUUUGGGAAUCUUUGUCAUCAUUAUUUAUUUCAAAAGCUAGGCAAUUAUGGUUUUCUUGGAGACACUAGAACCUAAAACAUGUUUUUGUUUUACUUAAUUCAUCCAAACAAUGUUUGUCUUGGUCUUGGAAGGAGGAGGUGGAUCUUAAAUUUUUUAAAUCUGCAAAGCUUAGUUCUGCUUUUUUUUACUGAUGUAGAAUCAUCGUCGCUAUGUCAGAUCAAGAGAUGACCUUCAGCUCCACGGAGACCUAGAUCAUAAAGUAUCAUCUGACUGUGAUCCUUUUGCAGAAGUCAAUGGUUCUGCCAUUGCACCGUGUGGAGCCAUUGCUAAUAGUCUGUUCAAUGGUAGGUGUUAUUUACCUGAUAAUGAUUUUUUUAUUGUGCAGCUGUAACCAGACCAAACAUACAGUAUUACUGUCUGUCAGGAGGCUUAUUAGUAGGAACUGGAGUGAAUUGGCUCAGUAAGUUUGUGUUUUGUUCUGUCUGUCCAUCUGUCUGUCUGGUUCUUGGUUUCUUUGUGAUUCAGUAUGUCUGUCUUUCUUCUGUCCAUCUGUCCAUGUAAGUGUCUGUCUGAGUAUUUGUCUGCCAGUAGUCCUGUUAUAUGGUUCAUACAUGGUUACUGAAUUAGAACCCUCCUUUAAUUUACACUGUAACUUGUACUGUUACAUUUGUUUAUGAUUCAUGUAAUGUUGCUUGGUGUUUUGUGAAGUCAGAUUGUAAGGAAGUGUUAAUCAUUACAGACAUAUGUAACAGAGUUUACCAAAAGCUGUAUGUUGUUGUUGGGUACAAGUAUAGCUCACGUUCAUAUAUUAAACAAUAGCCUCUAUUUAGUGUGAAAAUAUGUAUGGAUAUUUGUCCAGGGAUGUUAUUUGCACCAAGGAGCAAACAGUUCUCCAAGAACAAAGCUAGAGGAAAACUGUGCGCUUCAAGGAACAGAUAAUGUCCACAGGCAAUAUCUGUACAUAUUUUUGCACCAAAAUAGAGGCUAUUGUGUUUAUUGUCCUUCAAAUAUUUUGCAUGAAAAAAUGUUUACAAACAGCUUACUGUAUGCAGGGCAGGAUGUUUUCUUUUGAGUGUUCUCUGGUGCAACUUAAUGAACAAAAUUCUUCAGUAGCAAUCACAAAACCCUCUCUCAUCCUAAAUUAAAGAUGAAUCGUAAGAUUUAAGAUUAUCAUAAGAUUUGAAAAUUGGGGAAUAUCACUCGGAUGAUAUUCUUGGAUAUCACCCAGUUUUAGCUGGGGAAUAUUUGGUGGGAUAUUUGAUGUAUUGUAAUUGCUAUUAGCAUUAUAUUUCAUUCUGACAUAUUCUUCUUCUUCUCCUUUCAGAUUCUUUUAAACUGACAUACCUCAAGAGCGAAAACCAGCAGAUUAGGGUUAGUUUGUCUAAUAAAGAUAUAGCCUGGAAAUCUGACCGAGAAGUUAAAUUCAAAAAUCCAUCUGGGAACCUUAAGGAGGCUUUCAAAGGUUAUGCCAAACCACCCAACUGGCCUAGACCUGUAUAUGAAUUAGACACGAACAACACUGACAACAAUGGCUUCCAGAAUGAGGAUUUCAUUGUCUGGAUGAGGACAGCAGCGUUUUCAACUUUCCGCAAGCUCUACCGCAAAAUUGUCCACUCUGGAGAGUUUAAGAAUGGUCUGCCAAAAGGCGAAUACCAGCUUGACAUCAUGUACAGUAUCCUUUAUUACAGUUGCAUUAGAACUUCACAGGGGAUGAAUUUUCUCCAUGCAAAGACAGCUAUGUUUUGUGUGUCACCACACGUGGUAUGGUGUCAACUAAGUAAUUUAUAGAGGAACAAAGUUUUACUACUUUUGAAAGUGGGGCCAUGUGGAAAUGUUUAGUUGACACAAUGCGCUACACAUAAAAAUUAUUGACCUUUGAACUCUUAUGUAUAUAAUUUACUUUUGGGUCUUGUACCUUCAUUCUAUUAAAGUUUUUUUCUCCAGAAUUUUUUUUUUCCAUAGCCAAUCAAGGUGUUUUUUUUUUUCAUAGUUGCUUGCUCAAGAGUAAUCCUUGUCUUUCUCCUUGUCCUUAGUCAGAGGGCACACUAAGCAUUCUUAAGGUUUUUUUUUUGCACUUUUUUUUAUCUUUGUAGCUGUUUUCUUUCUCUCAUACACUACAAGAGUUGUUUUAUAUGUUCGCAUUUUUAUGUAAUUAUCAAUGCAUUUACUCUUUCAACUGGACCAAUAUUAAUAACAUUAUAACUGAAGUGGCUACCCUGUCUAAACAUCUUCAAGUAUUAUUAUUAUUUUUUUAUUAUAAUUGUUAAAGAGUAGUGGUCAAUUGACUACCAGUAUUAACAGUUCCAUUCUGUUUUAGAAGACUUUACAUUUGUUAUUUUUAGCGCUUGGUUUUCCUUUGAUCAUGCAAUUUCUUUUCAAAUUACUUCUUUGACUUGAGAACAAUGCACACAGAUUUUCCUGUGACUUCAUUUGAUGGCGAGAAGAGAGUGAUUUUAAGCACAACAUCAUGGAUAGGUGGGAAGAAUCCUUUCCUUGGAAUUGCCUACAUCACUGUAGGAAUUCUCUGCCUAGUUUUGGGAGCAUCCUUCUUGAUCAUUCAUCUCAAGUUUGGGAAAAGGUAA